ACCCUUAUUUAACUACAGUUCUCAGUCAAAAUUCACAGUUAGUCUUUUGCCUCACACUGUGCUGUACGUAUACCUGUCGCAUUUGGAAAAUGGUUCGUUUUUUAUUUGUUCUCGUGCUGUCCUUCGCCUGUAGUAGAGUGUCUGACGGGCAGCCUCUUGGUAACCACCGGAUCUCUCUAGAGGCAGCUCAAAUGGAACAACGGAUACUAGCCAGCAUCAGAUCCAUACUGCCGCAACUCAUUAAUAGCGACACGUGCGGGAGUGAAAAACAAAUGAACUCAGAAUAUCUGUCAGCCUUGGAGGACAAGAUCAAGCUCCUACGAUUAGAGGGACAGGCUGCUCUGUCAGCCUUGGAGGACAAGAUCAAGCUCCUACGAUUAGAGGGACAGGCUGCUCUGUCAGCCUUGGAGGACAAGAUCAAGCUCCUACGAUUAGAGGGACAGGCUGCUCUGUCAGCCUUGGAGGACAAGAUCAAGCUCCUACGAUUAGAGGGACAGGCUGCUCUGUCAGCCUUGGAGGACAAGAUCAAGCUCCUACGAUUAGAGGGACAGGCUGCUCUGUCAGCCUUGGAGGACAAGAUCAAGCUCCUACGAUUAGAGGGACAGGCUGCUCUGUCAGCCUUGGAGGACAAGAUCAAGCUCCUACGAUUAGAGGGACAGGCUGCUCUGUCAGCCUUGGAGGACAAGAUCAAGCUCCUACGAUUAGAGGGACAGGCUGCUCUGUCAGCCUUGGAGGACAAGAUCAAGCUCCUACGAUUAGAGGGACAGGCUGCUCUGUCAGCCUUGGAGGACAAGAUCAAGCUCCUACGAUUAGAGGGACAGGCUGCUCUGUCAGCCUUGGAGGACAAGAUCAAGCUCCUACGAUUAGAGGGACAGGCUGCUCUGUCAGCCUUGGAGGACAAGAUCAAGCUCCUACGAUUAGAGGGACAGGCUGCUCUGUCAGCCUUGGAGGACAAGAUCAAGCUCCUACGAUUAGAGGGACAGGCUGCUCUGUCAGCCUUGGAGGACAAGAUCAAGCUCCUACGAUUAGAGGGACAGGCUGCUCUAUCAGCCUUGGAGGACAAGAUCAAGCUCCUACGAUUAGAGGGACAGGCUGAUCUGUCAGCCUUGGAGGACAAGAUCAAGAAUCAAACCACACAAUUAGGCUCGCUUAAGGCACAGAAUGAUAAACAACAAAUGGAUAUAUGCAAACUUUUGUUCGAUGGCGCAUACAGAGCAUUCGAUUCCGUCAAGACAUAUGUCAGGGGUGCAGAGAACAACAGAAAGCGCGAUUCAUUGGAUUUCGAGGAAGUGUUUAGCGUUUUACAUUCCCUGUCAAUAAAAUCGACCUUUUAUAAAGUACCUACUUGUUUUCUGUCAUAUUGAUGUUAAUGAAGUUAUAAAUAAAUGUAUAAUCCUUUUUUAACGAACCAGAGAGUGGUCUUGUUUCCGGCUUUCCUCGUUUUCAAAUGACACGGCAAUGUUUUGUUUUUUUUUUAUCAAAAGUGAAGGGCGUAAACCACCUUAAUACAUGUGUGUAUUUCUUCUAAUUUGAUGUUAAAAUUAUUUUGUCAGCAACAUGCUAUUAUAUUGGCACACGCACAACUGUUUUGAUAUAAAAUAAAUAUCGUCUUAUCAUUAGAUAUUGAAGUUGAUGAUAUUAUACAGGUAUAUAACGUUGUUUUUUGAAUUUUUUGCUGAAAAAAUACUAUUUGAUCAAAUAUAAUAUUUAAUAUAUAGUUUAAGGUAAAACGAAAAUAUAUUAACGUGAGCCCAGACUAAUUACUUUUACGUACACGAACACGGUGAAACUAUCUUAUAUUGCUAUAAUUUACAUUAAUGUCGGAUUAUAAAUGUUUGUGUCUUGCUGUAAAAAUGAAAUGACAUUGAAACGUCGGUCUGUAUACUGUGAUAUUGCUGUACCUAUAUCAACAGCAUUGCGAGUACAAUAAAACAUCAAUGCAUAGACUUUUCCUAUUUUCAGAAAAAGUGGAUCCCAACGCGACUGUACUUGCCUUUAAGGAUUGAUGCUAUCUGUUCGUGGAAGAACAGAGUUUGACCUGGUCCGCCG